UAGAACAGAGUAAAAUGUGUUCCGAUAUGUCAAGCAGAAGGGAGCCCAGAUUGCUGGCUUAAAAGUGAAACUUCUCAGUAUCUGAAGAUACACGAGAUGGAUCCUACCAGAAGAGAUCAGAGCCUAAAUCUGAGCUAGCCUAAGAUGCAAACUGCACUUUGUACGCCAGAUAUGCUUCGUGAGGGUGUGGGUAUCUACGUAGCGUCAUUAUCAAAAGUCUUCCUGGAAAAGGUUUAGAAAAGGAUUUGGAAGAGCAAAGGCUAUUGUGUGAUAUGUGAGAAGAGGAGAGUGGUUCUGGCACAGUGUAACAGAGAUGGAAUUACUGCAACCACCCCUCCUGCUACCUCCAACCCCCAAAAACUGAAAACUUCCUGAUUUGUGUUCAUCAAUAAUUAAGAGCCCAUCAGCAAUACUCAGAGGGAGCUUGCAUUGCACUUCUGAGCAGCCAGUUAGUAAUGUACGGCGGAGAGAUCCUCUCUUUCAAAUCCCAGGGCUCCAGGCCAUGCAAUGCUAGUAUCGCAUUUUCAAUUAGCUUCUGAGUGAAUGCUUGGCAUAUGCAGAAGUGAACUGGUACACAAUUAGCUUAUUGUUCCUUUCAGCUUUGUGCUGAGAGGAUCUGAAGGACUGAAGAAGAGAGGGGGAAAAAAUAGCCAAGCCAGCGGCAUCUCUGUGGAUGUGGAAUAAGGGCGCUGCUCGGCUCACACAGAUCCACUUGCUAAGUCAGGAAUUACAGCUGUUACUGAGGAGCACGCGGCGCGGCUCUCGGGAGGGUGCCGAGGGAGCCGCAGAACCAGGCUCUGCUCUCAGGAACUCCAAGCUCUGCUCUCACCCACCUCACAUAGCCAUGGAGCCCAACAGCCCCAAAAAGAUCCAAUUUGCCGUGCCGCUGUUUCAGAGCCAAAUAGAUCCUGAAGCGGCCGAGCAGAUCAGGAAGAGAAGGCCUACACCAGCAUCGCUUGUCAUCAUGAAUGAGCACGUGCCCCCAGAAAAAGAUGAGAAAAGAACAAACAUCUCACAGGCAGAAUGCCAGAGCUCAUCGCCAAAGCAGCGGAAGCAGAGCGUGUACACCCCACCUGCCCUCAAAGGGAUAAAGCAUCUGAAGAGUCAGAGUGAUUCAGCAUUCCCAGAGGAGGAAGAAGGAAUCGGUGAAAGAGAAGAGGAAUGGGACCACUAAGCCAUGCAAGCCUGCUUGGGGGCCAGGUACUGCGAUGUGACACUGCGCGUGUGUCCCAACAUUCACCACCACUUGUGUUCCCACACAGCAGGGUGUGCUGGGGGCACACCUUGACUGUGCUUUAUGGCCACCUGCAAAUCCGUUCUGUGAGCCUUAUACCCAGAGAUAAAAUGGUUGUUUUAACGUCACUCUUCUUUCAUUUUCUAUGACAUAGAAAUGUUGUUGCAAACAUGGUAGUGAUCUGAUGGCAGUACUGCCAAAGCUUAACUUCUGCGUGUGAGCUGUGUUCUAAGACCUGUUGUAAAUAAAUCCCAUCUAAGAGCUACAAAAUAAAUAAUAUGUUCCUUUAGACAAGACUGUAUGUUGUACCGUGGGUUUGUCUAGCCUGUGGAGGAGUGUUUGUAUAGAAUGACCCCAUCAGUUAAGGACUGCUUUUGCCAGUAAUGUUAGAGUGACCUGCAGUAAUGCAGACAGGAACAAAAUAAGCAGAGGUGCCUCUUCAGUCCGAUGGAGAAGUAUGCAAAGAUGUUCUUUGGUGUCUCCCAGAUACACAACAGUUAAAACACUUUUCUGGCUUUAAGAUUAACUGUACUCUUCUAUUAGCUAAGUUUGAUACAAAGACUUAACUUUCCAAUGCUUUCAGUCAAUCUCAGAGGGCUGAGGUAGCAAAAAAAAGAAAAAAGAAACAAAAAAAAACCCAGGCAUAUGAAAACACAGAAUCUUCUGUCUAUGCCUUGCAUGAUGAUUUCAUUCGCAGCUUGAGCUCUUCCAUGCAGACCCACUGAGAAAGCGAUCUGUUAACAAGUGUUCCUUUAUAGUUGGGAGCCUACUUGUUGCCCUCCAUCUGCACUCCAGUAUCUGUCCUCUUUGUCACCAUUAUUGCAAUCAGUUUCUCUGACUCUAGCUCUGUUCAGCUGCACAGGAAGAACUAAAAGGACUCUUCAGCUGGGCAGGAACAGCUACAGGGCUGAGGGCUUUUUGUGCUACAAACAAGGAAAGGAGGGAAGUGACCCUUCAUAAAACAUCUGAACAGGCCAAAGUCAAGACUGGAAUGGUAUCAAGAGGAGCUGGGCUCUGCUCCCAGCUUUGUCACGGCUUUGGUUUUGCACUGUGCCAGGCUCUUCACUUAACCCUGGCUGCGGCAGUAAAAUGGUGACCAAUAUAGAGGCAUUCUGUCACUGGCUGAUAAACAUAUUUGUAUUAAUUUUUGCUGGUUGUUAGUACGCAGAGGCUUCACAUAAGAAGUAUCUGUGGGCCAAAGGAAUAAAAGGAAUAAAACAUGCAUAAAUUGUAAUAGACGAUAUAAACACAAGGCACUUUGGGACUUCAGCGUUUCAAUGGCAGCACAAAACACCUGAUAAGUAUAUAGAGAGUUCAUUACAGAUAGCUUGUUUCAGGAUCACUGUUGGAUUGAAGGAUGAUUACACUAUGAAUUAGAUUUAUAAAUUAGGUUCACUUUGAACCAGAUCUGAAUGCAUUGCAGAGCUGUUAAUGCAGCGAUGAGACAACAAGAAGCCUGUUUAACAGCCCUUAUCUGGAUGAAACUCCGUAGUUUGAUAAGGGCCUCAGAUAGCCAAGCCUCAAUUUGAAUGCUUCUCUAAAUCCAGGUCUUAUCACCUCCCUCAUCUCUAAAUAUUCCAGCUGUGCUAUAUCAUUUUAAACGCCUCUUGCUUUCUUUUUGUCCUGACCCAGGGUUAUGCACACAGCAUGUCUGAGUGUAGGAACAGACUGAUCAUUUUUGGUGAAGUGACAGGACUUGUCCCUCAGAAGUUUCUGUGGAUCCACGUCACCAUUUGCUGGUGUCACCUAAAGGACAUGGAUAGAAUGCACAUUUUUCUGUAUGACAACAAUUUUUAAAUCAAAGAGUUAAGCACUGUCUGAUCUUCCACUUGAGAGGUAUACCAUGAGGAAGGCUACAAGGAAAGAGGGAAUAAAACAUCAGAGCCCAGAAAAAAAGAAAAAUAUCCAACUAAGUGCUUGCCAUGGAGCAGAGCUGUAGAACUGCAGUGACUUAUCAUUGAACCCCAGGACAGAAACGUCUGGGAAGACAGAAAGUGUGAUCACAUGGCAUGUGUGGGACAACUGGGGGAUCAGGUAGAGCCAGCAUGGGCUCAUGAAAGGAAGAUCUUGCUUGAGCAACCUGAUCUUCUAUGAUUGACCCAUUUGGUGCAUGAGGGAAAGGCUGCUCAUAUAAGUCUACCUAGAGUUCAGCAAAGCCUUUAACACUGUCUCCCACAGUAUUCUCCUUAAGAAGCUGGCAGCCCAUGGCUUGGACAGGUACUCUUUUUGCUGGGUAAGGAACCAGCUGUGGUGGUGAGUGGAGAUAAAUCCAACUGGCAAGUUGUCACAGGUGGUGUUUCCUAUGGGUCAAUAUUGGAGUCUGUCCUGUUCAAUAUCUUUAUUAAUGACCUGGAUGAGUGCACCCUCAGUAAAUUUGCAGAUGACACCAAACUGUCAAUCUGCCUGAGGGUAGGAAGGCCCUACAGAAGGAUCUGGGCAGGCUGGAUCACUAGACUGAGAGCACAAAAUGUAUGAGGAGAGGCUGAGGGAGCUGGGAUCAUUUGGUCUGGAGAUGGGGAGGCUUGUGGGAGACAUUAUCGCUCUCUACAACUACCAGGAAGGAGUCCGUGGCGAGCUGGGGAUUGGCUUCUUCUCUCAGGUAACAGCAAUAGGACAAAGGGGAAUGACCUUAAGUUGUGCUGGAGGAGGGUCAGGUUGGAUACUGGAAAGAAUUUCUUAACAGAGAGCUUCUCAUACACUUUGGGUGCAAUUGAAAGCUCUGGCUAUCUCGCAGUAUGAUCACCUUUAUAGAGUCUUAAAUAAACCAUGCAGAUCUCUUUGCAUGAUGCAAAAUACUGUAUGCAGUCAAAACGGACAACAGAGAUAGCUUUGAUCUGUUUCUAACAAUACAGAGAGACUGGCAAGGGGAAGAAGAAAAUUAUUAAAAUAAAGAACACCUGGGCGAUCUUUCAUUUCUUUAGGGUAGCAAACUUUUUUGUAGUUUACUUUUAAAUACUCUAGAAAAUUUAAUAUUGUUUAAAAUCUGCUUUUCAAAACAAAACAGGAUGUUGUUGGGCAAUCUUCCUGUGGAGAACUUUAUUCACCCUCCAUAAAUGUUAUUUCCAUGUUAUUAUUACUCGGUUUGACCUGUCUGAGAAGAGUCAGCUGGUGGCACUACUGGAGAGCUGACAACUGGAGUCGAUGGAUCAGUAGAACACAGCAAGUUCCUUGAGCACCUUUCAAGAUGCUGAACAUUAACAAUCACUAUAAACAUUUCUACUCUUUCACUUGCUCAGAAACACAGAUGAUUUCUGCAUGCUGUGAAAAUUCUAGCAACGCUUUUAGAGAUGGAUUGUAUUAGUCCAUAUUGAACUGAUGGAGAAAGAAAGAAGAGGUUGAAAAAAAAAAGGAGGAGGCAAG